UCUGUUUUCCCUCCUCUCUUCUACUGUCACAGGAAAGGCUAGGGCAGCGACCGACCACCGCCUCAUCAGCAUCCGCCGCCGGCGAGCAACCUCGGCCUCCGACACGAGCACCGGCAUGCGGCGGUCGCCGGUGACUCUCUGGCCAUCAACAUCAAGAGUAUCUUCCAGACCGGAUUGGAGCCAAAAAGGGUCCGACACGAAUGUUGGCGAGUGAGCUGCGCAGCGAAGAGGAUUCCUCAAAGGCGACAGCACCGGCUCGAUCCUUGGAUUCCUUGGCCUUCCAGGAUUGCCAUGAGAUCUACUGUUCUCUUUGGUCCAAGAUACGGGAAGAUCUACUCCAGGUCCCGGACACGGAUUUGGCCUUCGAUGGGUCUCUACAACAAUGGAAACAGAGCAGAUGAGGAGGAUUCCAAGGAUACUGAUGAAAAAUUGGAUGCUGGGAACCUUCACAAUGGCAGCCAGACGCAAAACUUGAAAGAUAAUGGUGAAAAAUUGGAUCUUGGGCACCUUCACGAUGGCAGCAAGACCCAAAACUCGGAGGAUAAUGAUGAAAAAUUGGAUCUUGGUCACCUUCCAGACGAGAGCAAUCUUGAACCUAGCCCUGAUAAGGCAGAAGACAGCCAUGACCAUUCUGGCCACCCAAAGGAUAAUGAUGAAACAUUUGAUUGUGAACACCUUCCCCAAGAGACCCUUCUUAAAUUUUCUCCAGAGAAAGUGAAUGGUGAUGACCAUGAUUAUCUCAACACACGUCGGAGGUUCAUCGAGGGUGUUAAAUCCAAAGCUGAUCAGGUUUUCCAAAUCCUCCAACAGGAUGGGCCGGGCUUCGAUGCCCGGCUAGUGCUAGAAGAGCUGCAGCUGAAGGUGUCUAAUGCUCUUGUCAGGGAAGUCCUGCUCCGCAUUCUGAUGUCCAUCAAUGGUGCAAACAAGUCACGGUAUGCUAAGCUGGCCUAUAAGUUCUUUGUUUGGGCAGGCCAGCAGAAGGACUAUAAGCACACUACUAACACCUAUAAUCUCACCAUGAAGAUUUUUGCUGAAUCGGAGGAGUUGAAAGCAUUGUGGCGAUUGGUCGAUGAGAUGACAGAAAAUGGACUCCCAGUCACUGCCCGCACAUUUAACAUAUUGAUUUGCACUUGUGGAGAGGCAGGUAUGGCAAGAAAAGUGGUAGAAAGAUUUGUAAAAUCGAAGACUUUCAAUUAUCGUCCCUUCAGGCACUCCUUCAAUGCGAUCCUCCAUUCGCUUCUCACUGUGAAUCAGUAUCGGUUGAUUGAGUGGGUUUACCAACAGAUGUUGCUCGAAGGGUGUUCUCCAGAUGUUUUGACAUAUAAUGUUAUAAUGCGUGCCAAAUACUUGUUGGGUAAGCUAGAUCAGUUCCAUAGGUUGCUUGAUGAGAUGGGGAAAAAUGGGUUUGCUCCUGAUUUGCAUACUUAUAAUUUACUGCUUCAUGUGCUUGGAAAAGGAGACAAACCACUUGCUGCACUAAAUCUUUUGAAUUAUAUGAAUGAUGUUGGUUGCUCUCCAAGUGUUCUCCAUUUUACGACUCUGAUCGACGGGCUUAGUCGUUCUGGGAAUCUUGAUGCUUGCAAAUAUUUUUUUGAUGAGAUGAUCAAGAAAGGAUGCGAACCAGAUGUUAUAUGUUAUACAGUAAUGAUAACAGGGUAUGUAGUGGCAGGUGAGUUUGAGAACGCUCAGCAAUUGUUUGAUGAUAUGUUAAUAAAAGGACAGCUACCAAAUGUGUUUACAUACAAUUCUAUGAUCCGUGGGCUCUGCAUUGCUGGGAAAUUCGAUGAGGCAUGCACCAUGCUGAAGGAUAUGGACAAUAAGGGAUGCACUCCAAAUUUCUCAGUGUAUAGUACAUUAGUAGGGAGGCUGCGGAAUGCAGGGAAGGUUUCUGAAGCAAAUAAUAUAAUUAGCUAUAUGGUGGAGAAGGGUCACUAUCUUCACUUAUUGUCAAGGUUCAAAGGAUAUAGGAGAUGCUAAUAGGGAAAGACAAUUUAAGGAUGGCCUCUCACAAGUCAUGGUCACCAUCAGAGCACGUAGCCUUCUGCUGUUCCAAAAUGUCAAAGCUAUAGGAGAUGCAAACAGGGAAAAACAAUUUAAUGAGGGCAUCUUACAAGUCUUGGUCACCACCAGAGCCUGUAGCCUUCUGCUAUUUUCAAAAUGUUGAAGCAGAAGAUGGCAAUAUUGUUUGAUCCUAAUUUCACAAGUGAGUUUUCUCCAGGAGAGGCCUGUACUUUAUAAAUCUGUGACCUCUGUCAAUCAAGGAAUACCUGAAGCUACAAAAAUAUAGGAUCAUGAAUGGAGACAAGUGAUAACUGCUGCUGGAUCUGGAUGUGUUGCUGCUUUAUCAGUUGAGAGAUAUCUAGUUUCCAAAGAUCUCCUUGUUGAAUUCCACCGUCCUGUAGCUGAAGAGGUAAAAAAGAAAGAAAUUUCAGACGCAGACAUAGGAAUGGGCUUUGACAUAGCGCAUACAAAGCACAAGGGCCAGUAUGCACUUCGGAAAUUGUACCAUGAAGGCCCAAGGCUACUAUGUGUUCUGUACACUGCACCAACAUGUGGUCCUUGCAGGACUUUAAAACCAAUUUUAGACAAGAUGCCUGUUGCGGUAGGCUUUGCAAAUUCUGCUUUUCCAUUUCAUUUGCAGUCAUAUUCUCUAUCUUGCUAUCUUCAAACUUGAUCUCCUAAUCAGAUGAAGUGUACAAAAUAGCCGUGUGUUAAACCUCUGGGAUCUCAUGCUUUAAUGACCAAAGAUCUGUGGAUGGUGAGCUUAUUGCUAAUCCAUAAAGAUAUUGUACACUUCUAUACAUGCUCAUAUCAAUCAAUGUUGCUUCAUCUCUCUAUCGGUGUGUGCACUCCAUGUGAUCGAAGAGCCAUAUAAGAUGGUUGUACAUCGAAAUUUUUAGCAUAAAGAAUGUUGCAUUGAUAAUCAGGUUUUGUAUCCUUUGUGUUCUUGGUCAUGUUUAUCAAUGAGGUAGGACCCCCUUGUGCUAUCUGUCAACUGGCCAUGAUCAGAGAUUGUGCAACUCUUAUUCAUCAUAAAUUCUGCUAUGUACUGCCCUUUUAUGAGAUCAAGAGCAACAGAGCGUCAGUUUUAACUUUAAGAAAGCGGAACAUAACUUACUAAUGUGUUCAUGAACAUGUUAUCAUUUCUAGGAAAACUAGUGGGUUGAUGGUAGGAUCAACAUUUUUAAAAUUGGAAAUUAAGUAAUCAGGGAAACAUCAAGCAAAUAUAGUGGUUACAGUGCACUUCUGCACAGUUGAGAUUUUUUUUUCCUAUCGUAACAUCAUUCUUAGAUGAAAUAGAUGCUUUAGUUGUAUCCAUCAUGAAAGAACUAAUGAUGUUGCGCCUGAUGGCCUGUUUGGAAGAAUGAUUAUUAAUAAGCUGAUUAUCAUGCUCUCUCUCUCUCUUUCUUCCUCCCCUUCCCUCCCUACCAAUCCUUUUAAAUA